AUGGAUCAUAUCAUUGAUUAUCAUGAUGCCUUGGAUGAUGAUUAUGCAUUGGAUGAUGAUGAUCCCUUGGACGAUGAUGAUGAUGCAUUGGAUGAUGAUGAUGCCUUGGAUGAUGAUGAUGCCUUGGAUGAUGAUGAUGCCUUGGAUGAUGAUGAUGCCUUGGAUGAUGAUGAUGCCUUGGAUGAUGAUGAUGCCUUGGAUGAUGAUGAUGAUGCAUUGGAUGAUGAUGAUGCCUUGGAUGAUGAUGAUGCCUUGGAUGAUGAUGUUUUUGAUGAUGAUUUAAAUUAA